GAUAAAGGUGCAGCAGCGGAGGAGCUCACAUGCCUUUGAAACUCACUGUGGUUCUGCAAAGAAGAGUUAAACAGAUAUUAUGCAAGGAUUUCUAAACAUUUGUGUUCUAUAGAGCCUCCCUGCAAGAGCUAAUGUGUGCAAAGAAUGGGCAAAAUGCUUCCUCCUCCAGAAGCUGCAGGAGAUGAACACCUGUCUGUGUGAGACCGCAGUGACCAUGCGGGACCUGGUGACGGACCUCCAAGCCAACGUCACCUGCAACUGCUCCCUGGCCUCUUCCAACUGGACAGAGGAGGAGGUCCCGACGCUGCCCACGUUCACCACAGCAGCCAAAAUCAGAGUCAUCAUCACUUUCAUCCUCUGCGGCACGUCAGCCUUCUGCAACCUGGCUGUGCUGUGGGCGGCACACAGAGAUGGCAAACGCAAAUCCCACGUCAAGGUGCUGAUUGUCAACCUGACCGUGGCGGACCUGCUGGUGACCUUCAUUGUGAUGCCUGUGGACGCCGCGUGGAACAUCACAGUCCAGUGGCUGGCUGGGGACUUUGCGUGCAGGCUGCUGAUGUUUCUGAAGCUGCUGGCGAUGUACUCCUGCGCUUUUGUCACCGUGGUGAUCAGUCUGGACAGGCAGUCUGCCAUCCUCAACCCUCUGGCAAUCAACAAAGCCCGGAGGAGGAACCGCAUCAUGCUCGCUGUGGCGUGGGGUAUGAGCGUUGUGCUUUCAGUCCCUCAGGUUUUCCUUUUUCAUAAUGUGACCAUCAUCCAUCCCGAGGACUUCACCCAGUGCACGACAUGGGGGAGCUUUGCAACUCGGUGGCAUGAGACGGCCUACAACAUGUUUACCUUUUCCUGUCUGUUCCUGCUGCCCCUGGUUAUCAUGAUCACCUGUUACGCCAGGAUCUUCCAUGAGAUCUCCAAACGACUGAAGAAGGACAACUUGGAUCUGAGGUGUUCCAAAAACAACAUUCCCAAAGCCCGGAUGAGAACAUUAAAAAUGAGCGUUGUGAUUGUCUCGUCUUUCAUCAUCUGCUGGACUCCGUACUACCUGCUGGGCCUCUGGUACUGGUUCUUUCCUGAUGACCUGGCGGGGAAGGUGUCCCACUCGCUGACCCACAUCCUGUUCAUCUUUGGGCUUGUAAACGCCUGCCUGGACCCAGUGAUCUAUGGCCUGUUCACCAUCCACUUCAGAAAGGGGCUGCGGAGGUAUUACGGCAACGCUGCCUCCACAGCGGAAGUAGAAAGUACCACCGUCAUAACUGGAUCCUUGUAUUCCCCUCCCAACUCUCUGUCCCUGAGAAGGGAGUUCAGGCGUUUCAGUCAGGAAAAACUGGUGGUUUGCAGUGACGGCCAUAGGAGAGUAGAGCCCCCCUCACUAAAUAGCAGCUUUCUAGAGGACAGAGAUCUCCAGCAGUCCAGUCCUGAGAGCGUCUUAUGAGAAACAAGGAGAAAAGUGUAUUAAACAUGAAGCAAAGCUUUGAGAUGAAAACAUCAACCAAGGGUUUUAUUCUUAAAGGGAACUGUUACUGAAAUAAACAGUGUUUUGCAAAUUGUAUUUAAUAACUGCAAAUCAAAUGUAUUCCCUGUGAGACUGAUUCAGAGUUACUGCUGGCUCCUUACUGAUAUCUAAUUGAAACAAGUGCUGUGAACAGGCACGCAAACAUAUCUGGUUUUACCAAACGAAAAUAUUACAUCCUAUAUCCUUGCGGGGUUUCAGAUGUUGUAGUUCUUUAGAUGUUUGCGGCUCUGUGGUGUUUGCUGCAUCCCCGCUGCACUUUCCUGCAGCUUUCCCCAUGUUUGCACAAGAGCUUUGUUCCUUUCAUCCGCAGAAUGCGCUCUUCAGAGAAAAACAGGCAAAAAAACAGAGAGCAGUGUUAAUAUCCUAAUUGUGGGCCGUCUCUUGUUUGUUCUGAUUCAUCCUGAGAGUGAAAUCUUCAACAUUUGCACAACAGUGUUGUGAUAAAGCGUUUGUCUCCUU